AUAUGCUGAAGUUGUCCAUUUCACCGCGUUUGUCACGUACACGACAAUAAUAAUAUCGCGUUAGUUCCUGGUCCUGGGCAAUCUGGCCUAUAUAAGGAGGCGAAACAGAAUUGCAUAUUAUGCUGCUUUCGAGUCCUAUUACAGCAUUCUUAAAACUCUUCAGCACGAUAUCUGGCAAACACACUCGAUCGCCAUAUUAAGCAGAAUUCAACCACUGAGAUCGCCAUGCACGGAAUUCUUGGUGUCAUACUAGCUGUUGUGAUCGUGAUCGCCUGGGCCCAGCAUUGCUCGGAGCGGCCAGGGGGCUGCUGCCCCGGCCGUAACGAUGAGUGCGCGCCCCCCGGAGCGUUCUGUUUCUGCGAUGACUACUGUCGUGAGGCGUCCGAUUGCUGCUCGGAUUUCCCUAGCGGUUGCAAUUGCAGUUUAGACGUCAAGAGGCUGGCCUGCGAGGUCCAGAGUAACAGCCAUAUUACUCUGCUUACCGUCAACCCCUCCGGGGUCAAUGAUGGAGCGGAUGCCAAAUCCAACAUCCAGGACACUUGCAACGGUGGGAAAGCUCGCAGGUCAAGCUACUGUUGUAAAGCGGGAUGCUCACCUGGAGGCUCGAUCUGUCUGAGUGAAAAGGUGUUGCAAUACGUACUUGCGCUGGCGAACGAGACCCACAGCAUUCAGGUCAAUUCCCUUGCCGGUGCUUGUCACUCCAACACAUCUCACCACUAUCAGGGUACCGCAGUGGACCUACAGGUCUUUGACGAGUCCUCACACACUGCCUGGAUGGAUAAGUGUGGAGACAUGGAGGCUGUGGAGAACUUAGGUCCGGGCAACCCCGGCCAUAGCUCACACACCCACUGCGCCUUCUAAGGUUAGUUGCGCGAUCCCCGCGCAAUUGCUGAGAUGUUUGCGAUGCAGUUCUUUUUUGCCCUUUGGGCAACUGGCUUUACCGCAGCAAUCAAGUUUGCUUUAGUGUUUUUUGUGAGAGUGUACUCGCGGAAUCUGGCUAUUUUUCACGAUCGCUCUAAGCCUUAUACACUAGUUAUAGUUGUGUUUACGCCACAACUAGUGGCAAUACCCCAGACUACUGACUUUCAUUGGCGUAAAUAUACCCCUCCCCCACUUUCCUGGUGAGCAAAUAAUUAAAGCAGAUUGUAAAUACUUUUUCAGACCUCCCAACGACAAUAAAAUGCGUUCAAUGUCACUUAAAAAAGGGAAAACAAUUUUAAAAGCCAUAAAUACGCAUUUCUGAAUACAAAUUAGAGAUGUACAUCAACAUCAUGAACAUCUACCUCUACAUAGAGUCAUAUGGUGUCAUCCCUCCCCUGCUUUUCAGAUUCAUGGCCGUGAAAGUCAUCCCCCCUUUCUCCAUUGCACCCCCAUCCCCCAAAUUUUCGGCACGGAUUUACGCCUCACUCCGACUUGCACAGUCCAAUUACAUGCUACGGCGGAGAUCGGGGGAGGGGAUAUUCCUCCCCCACGCACUUUUUGACCGGGGGAUUACCAAUAUAAUCGUGUCCCCCACUUUUCGAGUUGCUGAAAGUUUUGCACACCCGUAGCCUCCCCUAAUCGAAGUGGGACAUUUUACCCUGCUGUAUCACUCUCUGCGGAAGGAUGACCUUUCAGAAAUCAUACCCCUACGUGCAACAAAAAAUCUCAGCCCAUGAUUACACGAUGGAACAGCUUCAACACCGACAAAGUUGAUCCAAACAUCAUGGGGUAACUUGACAGGUACCAAAACGUCAAAAAAGCUAAGACAACGCCCUCCAAGGCGUUUUGGACUUACAUCAAAUUAAAACUUAUUUCCUCUUCAUUCGUUAUGUAUUCAACAUUUUCGUGAGUAUUGACCUCUUAAAAGGGUUAACUGGAGGAGUUUGUAUCCAAACAUAAAACUCACUAAAUAGGAGUCCUGAACAAUUGGCGCAUGGCCAUUACUGACGCCCGUUGCAGGUUUGAGCCACUUUGAAUACCCCACUUUUGUCUACAUAUCACAGUUGAUCCUUUAUUUUCACGAGCCCUCCAGUUUCAAGUGCCACAAGAUGUUUUAAUAGCAGAGCAUUUGGUCCACAGGCGUAGUUGUGACUCCCAACUUUGCCUAGUGCAGUUCGGAUGACUGUCAUAAUUAUAGCUGGGGUGUGACGCAUCACCUAUUCAAACAGUUUUGGUUUAUAAACAUGGAGGUCACAUACUUCUUCAUGGUAACAGCCACAGUUUUCGAAAGACGUUGUGUGCUAGUAAUGAUAGAUACGAGCGGUGUUUAUUUAAGAUCUUUAUAGUUAUAGGCUUAAAAUUUUUACUUUAAUUUUACGUACAUUUUCUGUACGUCGGCGAAUGAAAACCUGCAUUCCCAAACUAAUAUGUUUGUAGGCUUUCUGUUUUUUUUUACCUUUAUAUGUACUGUUUACUGGUUUUGACGACCUUUUUAAGUCGUAACGGUCCUCCAGUUGCGAAUGCUGACAUCAUAACCCGGAAAAAACAUCUAGAAACCAUAUACGUGAUUUUUUUUUCUUUGAGGUAUUGCAUAUACAUGCAGUUUAACCAGUCAAUGAGACUUAAUCGCGCGUACGAUAUCACUCAACCGAUCUUUCUAUAUGUAUCUGUUUAAGUAGUUUUACAGAAAACGUGUUAAUUAUUUCAUUUGUUUUUAUUUAUCGUUGUUUUUUGGACUCUUGCCAGUGACGUGUUGAAGAAUAGUAAUGGCACCUCUCUUUUCUUCAGUACAAAAGUGACUAUAUUUCCAGGUAAAGUUCAUCAAGUGGUGAUUAUACGUAAUGGAAGAGACAU